GUCACUGCCAACCCACCGCCUACCUUGGUUCACAUGAAAACACAAAAUCAGCACCUACCCAUGUUAGCAAUUCACAUGAACUUACAAUAAAAACCCCAAAAAUGGAUGCUUUUUGAAGAUUUUUUUGGUUUCUUGAACGAUCAUCAACUCACGACCAAGAACAAAGACAAGUUAAGCAGAGUUUCGGGUUAAGCUAGAGUUAAUUCAAAAGUUUGCGAAUUUGAAACCCACCGCCUAUCUACGUGUUGCUACGCAGCUACGUUUUCCCGUAUGGUCAUAAUCCUUGACAGCUUCAGGUCUUCAUCAUCUGAAAUUGGCCACCUGAACUCUAGAAGGGGUAGAGCGGCGAUCUAUCACACAGCCCUUGAUGCUCCUUAGCUGGCUCUUGGUUGUUCUCCUUGCCUGAACCCUAGAAGUGCAAUAUUGGGUCUACGCCAACAGUCACAGGGACAAAAAAUUGAGGCAAUUGCUCGCAAGCAAAAUAUAUCCAAGUUCAAGGCUGAGCUUCAGGAGGGCAAGGUGUACAGAAUAUCGUACUUCUUAGUUGUCACCAACAAUGGCAAUUACAUGGGUUCUGAGCAUGAGUGUAAGAUCAUCUUCAAUGAAAAAACAAAGGUUAUUUUGGAAGAGGAUACUGCGAUACCAAAGAAUGUAUUCAACUUCAAGAACACUGCUGAAAUUUUAUCUACUGGUGGUGAUUCGGACUAUCUAAUUGACAUAAUUGGAUUAGUUACAAGCGUUUCAAGGGAGAAGAAAUACACCAAAGCUGACCACGUAACGAGGAUGAUUGAGCUUGAGAUUACGGAUGACAAAGGCAAGAUUAACUGUGCUUUGUUUGGAAACUAUGUCGACAUUGUUAAACAAUAUGUUGCAACCGAUGGUAGUCAUAUGCCUGUUGUUGUUGUUCAAUUUGCCAAGAUAAAGACCUUCAAGGGUAGUGUUGUAAUCCAGAAUGUUAUGAACGCUUCUUUGAUUCUUUGGAACCCUCCGAUAGCUGAAGCUGUCUCUUUCCGUAAUGGAUUGGCACUCCAUGGCAUUGAGGCUGAUAUGCCGUUAGCUAUGUUGAUUGAUGAUGAUGAUGAUGAUGAAGAUGUUCAUGUCAUCACUUUGGAGGAGGAGUUUCUAACUCUAUAUCCUAGGAAGGGCAUCAAAGAUCUUAAUGAGACGGAGGAGAAUGGAGUGUUCAUUGUUUUAGCACAGAUUGGUGGUCUUCUUGACGGUGAGAAAUGGUGGUACUCUGCAUGCGGCUGCCACAGGGCAGUUACUACUGAGGAUGGGAUGAUUUAUUGCGGAGGUUGCCGCAGGACUGUGUUAUCUGUAACUCCAAGGUUCAGGCUCAAAUUAGAGGUGGAUGAUGGUGGGGAUUCUGCCAUAUUUGUUAUGUUUGACACUGACUCCCAGCAACUAUUGGGCAAAACAUGCAAGGAACUUGUCGUGACAUCCAAGGGGAAAUAUUCACAUGAGUAUCCGCAUGAAAUCCGCUCCAUUGUUGGUACAGAAUUACUAUUCAAGGUUGAAAAGUCUCCUGAUCAUGGGACCAAGUUUGAUGAGUCUUUUAAGAUUAAGAAAAUAUGUGCUGACAGAGCUGUGAUUGAGGCAUUCAAGGAUGAGUCUAAGAUACAAACUCCUCACAAGAUGAUUAAGAGGGGUGGAUCACAUGUGUUUAAUGGAUCCACUGUUGAAAGUGUUGGUGAUGAUUCCACAAAUAUGUCUGAGAUAGGAACAAAUGCCCUGUCCCUUGACCAGAUUUCUCCUGGAGAUGUUUCUGCUGUUUGUUCCUCAGUGCAAAGUAUUGGCAGCGAUGGCAGUACAUCAACCCCAGCUAAGAGGAUGAAGCUCAGGUCUGUCAAAAUAGAGAAGGAGUAAGGAUCAUAGCCCAAUAAGUUAGUAUAAGUUAUUAUUAGUUAAGAUAAGAUGGACAGUCCUAUUUCAAAGUGGAGCCUUUUUGUAUUAGUUGCAGUCAAUGAAGACUGUCCAAGAUGUAGUAUUCAUGUGACUUAAGUAUCAGCUACUCUGUUGCAAUUUGUAAUGUUUUGAAUGGGAGAUGAUUUAGACUCAAACAUCCUCCAAGUGAUGUAUCAACUUUAAGCUACUUAUAUUGUUAAUUAAUAUAUUAUAUUUC